CGCUGCCGUACUGCCCACUUCUCCUUCCUCCUUCCUUCCUUCCUUCCUCCUCCUCCUCCUUUCAGUGGGAGCUGACUUGAUGCGCAUAAUAAAUCAUCUCUGCAAGAUUGCCCCAUCUUUUUUUUUUCCCCCCCUUUGGUCCAAGCCUGGGUUUGAGAACAGCGAUGGAUUUGAAGCGGGUGGAAUGAUUUCAAUGUGAUUCAACGCCACUACCAACGUGGGUGUUGUGCGUGCAUGUGAGCUACGUGUGUGUGUGUCCGUGCGUGUGUUGUUUUCUUUGGUUUGUUUAGCGUGUGUGUGUUUGUGUGUGCGAGUGUGUGUGUGUUUGUGUGUGUGUGUGAUGAGGAGGGAGCAGCAUGCAAUAUGAAGCGCUUGUCAUCCCUCCUCAAUUUCACCUGUGUGAACGACCUUGCCUUUGUGACUGAAAUUCUCCUAAAAAAUGUUUCCAUGGAGGAUACAUGUGUCGCCCUUUCCCUGAGAGCUGGUUUUGGUCAAGAUAGUCCAAGAUAAGAGGUCAAGCGCCCCUUCUCUACCCAGAUCACGAGUGCCAUUUCAAAGCUUAUUGGAUGAAAGUCUCAUUUGCCCUUGGUUGCCAAAGAUGACGUUGCCAUGGAAACAGCUUCUACUGUUAUCGAUCAUCGAGUGUUUGGCAGAUAGUCUGGACAGUGGCUUGUACCAUGGCCCAAGAUGGAGGAUGGAGCCAGGUGAUCUUUUCAUUCCAGUCGACUCCAUAGAGGAAGAGGGAACGCUGACGUGCGACGCCAAGGGAACCCCGCCUCCUCAGUACAGAUGGUCGCUGAACGGGACUUUCAUAAAUCUGAGCCUGGAUCGACGGCGGCGUCUGUCGGGGGGCAACCUCAUUAUAAGCAGCCUGGACCGCUACCAGGAUGUAGGCGUCUAUCAGUGUAUGGCCUACAACACUGUGGGAGCCAUCCUCAGCAGGAGAGCACAUCUCAAGUUUGCCUACUUGGAUCAUUUCAAAGUCCACACCAGAAGUGCAGUCUCGGUCCGGGAGGGACAAGGAGUGGUGUUGCUCUGUGGAACGCCCACUUCCUCAGGAGAUCUUACAUAUGCAUGGGUCUUCAACGAGUACCCGUACUUCGUCCAGCAAGACAAUCGCCGUUUCGUCUCCCAGCAGACCGGAAACCUAUACAUUGCCAAGGUGGAGCCCUCCGACGUGGGCAACUACACCUGUGUUGUGAUGAACAGCAUCACAAAGGGCAAGGUUCACAGCUCGCCCACGUCUCUCAUUCUCAGGACGGACGGAGUGAUGGGCGAGUAUGAACCGAAAAUAGAAGUUAAUUUCCCGGACAAUGUACCCGCUGCGAAAGGAUCAACAGUUACACUGGAGUGUUUCGGUCUCGGGAAUCCCAUCCCAGAAAUCACCUGGAAAAGGGCGAAUGGAGUUCCAUUCCCGAGUAAAGUCAAAAUGAAGUAUGCCAACGCCGUGCUGGAGAUUCCCAGCUUCCAACAGGAGGAUACGGGAGGAUAUGAAUGUGUGGCAGAGAAUAAGAUGGGCAAGAACAAAGCCACUGGGCGACUGGCUUUCUAUGCCAAGCCUCAGUGGAUUCAGACCAUGAAGGACACGGCCUUGGCCAUAGAGGAGAAUCUGGACUGGGAGUGUCGUGCCAGUGGGAAACCCAAACCCCUUUACACAUGGCUGAAGAACGGCCAGCGGCUGAUCUCUCGGGAUAGGAUCCUCGUGAAGGACGGAGCUGUGUCAGUGUCUGUGUUGACACUUGCCGAUGCCGGGAUGUACCAGUGUGUGGCUGAGAACGAGCACAGCAUUAUAUAUUUUGCUGCUGAACUAAUGGUUUUAGCCUCUCCCCCAGACUUCACAGGAAACGUCCUCAGAGCUUUGCUUAAAGCCAAGGCAGGAAGUACUGUGACUUUGGAAUGUAAACCCCAAGCCUAUCCCAUGGCCAGCAUUUUAUGGAAGAAAGGAAACCUUCCUAUUCUCACCAACAACAGGAUCACCCUUUCGCCAGAUGGAACACUGAGACUUGCCAAUGUGAGCAAAUCCGACGCAGGCAGCUACACGUGCUUUGCUCGGAACAGAUUUGGCAUGUCGAGUACAACUGGAAGGCUACUUGUUACAGACCCAACCAGAUUCAGUCAGAGCCCAGCAGACAUGGAAAUCAUCGUGGGUGAGAGCAUCGUGUUGCCUUGUCAGGUCGCCAGCGAUCCUGUCCUCGAUGUUUCUUUCUCUUGGGCCUUCAACGGACAGCUCAUUGCCAAUGACGACGGUCACUUUGAGCUGGUGGGCGGGAGAGCUGCGGGAGACCUGAUGAUCAGGAAUAUUCAGCUGAACCACACGGGCAAAUAUAUCUGCGUGGUGGACACGGACGUGGAGAGCCUCUCAGCCGUGGCCAUAUUGAUCGUCAAAGGCCCGCCCAGCCCACCAGACUUGGUGACAGUGGAUGAGGUGACAGACAGCACGGCCCAGCUGCUAUGGAGCCCCGGACGGGACAACGGAAGCCCCAUCACCAAUUAUAUCGUCCAAACCAGAACGCCGUUCACCGUGGGCUGGCAGAGGGUGAACACAGUUCCAGAGAAAAUUGGCGGGAGCACGCUGACAGCCGCUGUGGUGGACCUUAACGCCUGGGUGGAGUAUGAGUUUCGAGUACUGGCCGGAAACAGUGUUGGAGUUGGAGAACCCAGUCCUGUGUCAGCAAAGACCAGGACCGAAGAUGCAGUCCCUGAUGCAGCGCCAGGUGAUGUGGGUGGAGGAGGCGGGAGCAGGUCUGAGCUGGUCAUCACAUGGGAGCCUGUCCCUGAAGAACUACAGAACGGCGAAAGCUUUGGUUACAUCAUCGCUUUCCGAGCCUUCGGAGAAGUCAGCUGGACCCACGUGGCCACUUCCGCCUCCGGCGCAUCCCGCUAUGUGUACCGCAACGAAAGCAUCGCGCCCUUUUCUCCGUUCCACGUCAAGGUUGGCACUUACAACAGCAAAGGGCAGGGUCCCUUCAGCUCCGUGGUCACCAUCUACUCUGCAGAGAUAGAGCCAAGUGGGAUACCAGUCGGCGUUUGGGCCAGAAGUGUCUCAGCCUAUGAGAUUGAGGUGAAUUGGCAGCCUCUCUCCUUCACCCCUGAAAGGGUUCUCGGCUACGAGGUGGUUUACUGGGAGGACGACACCAAGCCAGAGACCAUGGGGAAGGUUCGAGUACCGUGGAACCAAACCUCAGUCACGGUUAGCGGCUUGACGGGGCACACGCAAUAUUUCCUGACUGUCAGCGCCUUCAACACAGCAGGCACCGGCCCCUUCCUUCCUGCAAUCAAUGUCACCACAAAAAAGCCGCCCCCGUCCCAACCACCACUUGAUGUUGAAUGGACGCUAAUUGGUUCCCAACUUUCACUUUACUGGGAGCCUGUGGCGGCCAUGGAGUCAGAGUCAGAAGUUACAGGUUACCAACUGUCAUGCAGGGGAAGUAAACACAAAGACGUAACCACCUUCACAACAACCAAUUCAACAGCCGAGCUCAAUCUCAGCGAGGUUGACGAUGAAUACAUCAUUCGCAUUCGGUCCCUGAGUGAAGGAGGUCUGGGCCCUGCUUCAGAUCCCAUUCGAGUCCACCAGCUCAGUAUGAGCGCACGCGGCUCCAGGGGCUUUGAAGCGGACGUGUCGCCGCUCUGCUGGGUCCUCGUCAUUGCAAUAUCAACAUUCAGGUCAACGUUGUGACAGACUUUGCUCUCGUUGCUGAACUGGAAGUAUUGUAGUUAUUUUGAUGAGUGUUUUUUUUUGUUUGUUUUUUUGUUUAUUUCGGAGGUGACCACAUACUAUUUCGCUGUGCGGGUAUGAGGAGCAGAAACACAUUGUCAGACUCCAUUUUGGCCUUUUUCUGUUUCUCUACUCUAGAAUGAUACAGAUGCCUUACUUCCAUCCAUGUGCCACAUUAGUUUUAGCUUUCUUUUUUCUUAUUGCUCCUCACUUUUUAUUCCACACAUAACUAAUUGGACAACCUUCAAGAGAAGGGAUUUUUUUUCCCCCUUCUCCGUCUGAAUUGGCUCAUUGGAACACAAGGCGCCCCUGCCUUUCAAGCCUAUUGACAGAAGAGAACGACACUUCUUUCGACAGUAAUCUUAACUUGCUUGUUGGCGGUCCUGUCCUGCAUUGAAACUCAUAAAAGUCAAUUUGCCUCGUAUGAUUCGAUUAUAGAGUGCUCGGUUUAGCAUGAGGGCUCCUCAAGGUUUUAAUGCUUCAGAGCAUUCGUUGCGAAUUCCUGCAGACUGAUGGAUUGGAUUUACAUCGCUUGCAACUGCAGCAGGACUGCUGACGGAGAGGUGUGUUCAAGUACCACGCCGCUAAAACACUCAGGGCCUGAUUUACUGAGAUUCAAAUACCAAGCGCUACAGAGGCUGUGCAAAAAUUACAAGAUGUUGCUGAGUAGGGGAUAUGUCUAUCAUUUUUUUAAAUUUAUGAUAGUCCAAAAAUGAUUCUCUGUCCAUCGUGCUAUUUGUGCAUAAUUGUGCCAGUUUGCUGCAGGGUGGAUUAGGGGUUAAAGUUAAAGUACCAAUGAUUGUCACACACAUACACUAUGUGUGGUGAAAUUAUCCUCCGAAUUUGACCCAUCACCCUUGAUCACCCCCUGGGAGGUGAGGGGAGCAGUGAGCAGCAGCAGUGUCCAUGCCCUGGAAUACAUAUUUGGGUGAUUUUUUUUUUGGUGGUUGUUGCUUGUGCCUCACAAUACGAAGGUCCUGGGUUCAAUCCUGGGCUCGGGAUCUUUCUGUGUGAAGUUUGCAUUUUUUCCCGUGACCGUGGGGGUUCCCUUUGGGAACUCCGGCUUCCCCCCACCUCCAAAAACAUGCACCUGGGGAUAGGUUGAUUGGGAACACUAAACUGGCCCUAGUGUGUGAAUGUGAGUGUGAAUAUUGUCUGUCUUUCUGUGUUGGACCUGUGACGAGGUGGCGACUUGUCCAUGGUGUACUCCGCCUUCCACCCGAAUGCAGCUGUGAUAGGCUCCAGCACCUCCCGCGACCUCAAAAGGGACAAGCGGUAAAAAAUGGAUGGAUGUGCCAGUUUCCACUCACAUUUCAAACGUGCUAAAUGUAGGCCCAAAACAACAGUCGCACAACAGUUUUAGUCUUGAUAAAUCCCAUGGCGAGCGCUAAAUGAUUAUACUUGCAUCUCCUCCUUCCAGUAUUGUGCGCAUUCUGAUAAUCAGCAUAUAUUUUGCAGCCUUUUUUUUUUCUUUAAAAUUCUAACAAAAGAAAUUCAACAAAAAUAAAUGUCCAAUAGAAUACAUCUUCAUAAUUGACAUAAAAUGAUACAAAUAAUUACUAGGUCAUGCGUUUUUUGUUUUUUUUUAUCAUUACUUAUGUACAUAAUAGGCCACAAACAAAGUGUUAUUAACGGGAUUUUCCAUUACUAUGAUUCAUUAUUCAACAAUAUAUUGGAAAAUUAGGUGGUGUAGUUUUCGCAACGGUGACUCACAAUUAUUCCACAAUUAUCAA